AAUCUCUUAGGAAGAAGCCAUCUGUUGAGCCUUUUCAUCCCAGGUCAGAGGUCUGCGCCCUCAUCCGAGGUGCGCCCUCGUCUCUGCGCCUUCAUCCGAGGUGCGCCCUCGUCUCUGCGCCUUCAUCCCAGGUGCGCCCUCGUCUCUGCGCCUUCAUCCCAGGUGCACCCUCGUCUCUGCGCCUUCAUCCCAGGUGCGCCCUCGUCUCUGCGCCUUCAUCCCAGGUGCGCCCUCGUCUCUGCGCCUUCAUCCGAGGUGCGCCCUCGUCUCUGCGCCUUCAUCCGAGGUGCGCCCUCCUCUCUGCGCCUUCAUCCCAGGUGCGCCCUCAUCUCUGCGCCGUCAUCCCAGGUGCGCCCUCCUCGCUGCGCCUUCAUCCCAAGUGCGCCCUCGUCGCCGCGCCUUCAUCCGAGGUGCGCCCUCGUCUCUGCGCCUUCAUCCGAGGUGCGCCCUCGUCUCUGCGCCUUCAUCCCAGGUGCGCCCUCGUCUCUGCGCCUUCAUCCCAGGUGCGCCCUCGUCUCUGCGCCUUCAUCCCAGGUGCGCCCUCGUCUCUGCGCCUUCAUCCCAGGUGCGCCCUCGUCGCUGCGCCUUCAUCCCGGGUGCGCCCUCGUCGCUGCGCCUUCAUCCCAGGUGCGCCCUCGUCUCUGCGCCUUCAUCCCGGGUGCGCCCUCGUCGCUGCGCCUUCAUCCCAGGUGCGCCCUCAUCUCUGCGCCUUCAUCCCAGGUGCGCCCUCGUCGCUGCGCCUUCAUCCCGGGUGCGCCCUCAUCGCUGCGCCUUCAUCCCAGGUGCGCCCUCGUCUCUGCGCCUUCAUCCGAGGUGCGCCCUCGUGUCUGCGCCUUCAUCCGAGGUGCGCCCUCGUCUCUGCGCCUUCAUCCGAUGUGCGCCCUCGUCUUUGCGCCUUCAUCCGAGGUGCGCCCUCGUCUCUGCGCCUUCAUCCGAGGGUGCUCUCGUCUCUGCGCCUUCAUCCGAUGUGCGCCCUCGUCUCUGCGCCUUCAUCCGAAGUGCACCCUCGUCUUUGCGCCUUCAUCCGAUGUGCGCCCUCGUCUCUGCGCCUUCAUCCCAGGUGCGCCCUCAUCUCUGCGCCGUCAUCCCAGGUGCGCCCUCCUCGCUGCGCCUUCAUCCCAGGUGCGCCCUCGUCGCUGUGCCUUCAUCCCGGGUGCGCCCUCAUCGCUGCGCCUCCAUCCCAGGUGCGCCCUCGUCUCUACGCCUUCAUCCGAGGUGCGCCCUCGUCUCUGCGCCUUCAUCCGAGGGUGCCCUCGUCUCUGCGCCUUCAUCCGAUGUGCGCCCUCGUCUCUGCGCCUUCAUCCGAUGUGCGCCCUCGUCUUUGCGCCUUCAUCCGAGGUGCGCCCUCGUCUCUGCGCCUUCAUCCGAGGUGCGCCCUCCUCUCUGCGCCUUCUUCCCAGGUGCGCCCUCGUCUCUGCGCCGUCAUCCCAGGUGCGCCCUCCUCGCUGCGCCUUCAUCCCAGGUGCGCCCUCGUCUCUGCGCCUUCAUCCCAGCUGCGCCCUCGUCUCUGCGCCUUCAUCCCAGGUGCGCCCUCGUCGCUGCGCCUUCAUCCCGGGUGCGCCCUCGUCGCUGCGCCUUCAUCCCAGGUGCGCCCUCGUCUCUGUGCCUUCAUCCGAGGUGCUCCCUCGUCUCUGCGCCUUCAUCCCAGGUGUGCCCUCGUCUCUGCGCCUUCAUCUCAGGUGCGCCCUCGUCUCUGCGCCUUCAUCCCAGCUGCGCCCUCGUCUCUGCGCCUUCAUCCGAGGUGCGCCCUCGUCUCUGCGCCUUCAUCCCAGGUGCGCCCUCGUCGCUGCGCCUUCAUCCCGGGUGCGCCCUCGUCGCUGCGCCUUCAUUCAGGUGCGCCCUCGUCUCUGCGCCUUCAUCCCAGGUGCGCCCUCGUCUCUGCGCCUUCAUCAGAGGUGCGCCCUCGUCUCUGCGCCUUCAUCCGAGGUGCGCCCUCGUCUCUGCGCCUUCAUCCGAGGUGCGCCCUCGUCUCUGCGCCUUCAUCCGAGGUGUGCCCUCGUCUCUGCGCCUUCAUCCGAGGUGCGCCCUCGUCUCUGCGACGAAGCCACCUCACUGCCACACUCGCGCCUGUGGUGGCGAAUUGA